AUGGGCUACAAAAAGCACACUUGGCUGGAGCUCCCAACCGCCGCCAAAUUUCCACGUAUUCACACGGGUCUGCAGUUACAGGGAAGGGCAUCUGAACAGACAAUGGCGACAUUCCAUCGCUUUAGCAAAGUCAGAUGUAAUCCUAAGCCAGUCAACCAGUAUACUUGGAUUUGCCUAACUGGUAAACAAAAGGUGAGCAUUAAAUCGAGUGGGCAAAUUCUGGUCCAAGAAGACGCUGUCCAUCACCGGUAUUUAACUGGAAGAGGUGCUUGGUCCGUAUCCCUGAACCUAGUCGACGUGAAAUUCCGUAUUGCAAUGGGAAUAGCGAUAUUUCCCAUCCUUGACAGCUUUGCUAGCGCGACACAUAUGACGUUGUCACUCCGUGCCCUGGGUUCUGCUGCUCUUUUGGCGAUUACAGCCUCUUGCAAACAGCUCGUCCUCAACUUCGAUGAUAUCGCUAUAUCAAACGACCAUGGCUGUGCUAAUUCGACCCUUGACGCGACAAUUGUCUACCAUGAAAUAGCAGUUUCGAACUCGUUUUUCACAGCUUCAGUUUUUAACGCUACUAAAACUGCAGCUUGCAGCUAUGUAAUAAAUGGAUGGGGUCCCUACCAUAUCAGCACUACCUCAAAUGGCGUCAACUACCAAUUCCUUGAGGUUUCAGCAGUGAUCCCCACCGGGACUCUGCCGGGACAAGUUCGACUCCCCUCCUUUUUUGUCGACAGCCUCGUCUUGGAGAGUACAGAUUAA